CUCUAUCACUCUGGUCCCCCAGCAUCCCCAGUGUAAAUGACAUCUAUGGUCAUUUCACAGGGAUAGAGAGCUUUAUUAUUCGUAUAUUUGUUCAAAGGUGUCCUCCCGAUCAGUCGGUGGCGGUAAUGCGCAAUGAAUCUGUUUGCCAUCAGUCCCAAAACAGCGAAGGAGAAGACUAUUCUACUGACCGGAAAAACAGAAAAGCACUUGAAGAAAACCAAGAAACAUUCUAUUAUCAUUGACUACCAGAUGCAGCAGUCUUUGUUAUUAACACGAGUUCCUUGUUCAUACGUGUCUCCUCUACAUUAAACCAUGGGAGUAGAUAAAAGGCUUAGUCGUGGUGAGCGUAGUGGAAGAUAUGGCUCGGACGGGAGGAGAGAUGACCCAGAAUGGCAUGAAAGACGGAGUAGAGAUGUUGAGAAGGAUUAUGAUCAACGAUGGAGUGAUGAUAGACGCAGAGAGCGCUUUGAGGAGCGUAGAGACCAAGACAGUCCAGAGCAGAGGGGCAGAAAACGACGCAAUAGUGACCGAUCCGAUGAUGAAUACGAUGGGGAUUAUCCAGACCAGGACUUCAAAAUGGAGCAGGAGGAGGAAAGCAAGACUAUCAUGCUGAGGGGUCUCUCUCUUCAUGUCACAGAGGAUGAUAUCCGCUCAGUGCUCGAGCAGCUGCAAGGCCCUCAGCCUGUGGACAUUCGCUUGAUGAAGAAAAGGACAGGUAUAAGCCGAGGUUUCGCCUUCGUGGAGUUUUAUCACUUGCAAGAUUCUACCCGAUGGAUGGAGACCAAUCAGAAUAAGUUGGUGAUCCAGGGGAAAAGCAUCGCAGUGCACUACAGCAACAGGAGACAGAAGUUUGAAAACUGGCUUUGCAAUGCAUGUGGUCUGUACAAUUUCCGGAAGAGGCUGAAGUGUUUCAGGUGUGGAGCAGCCAAAGUUGAUGGGGAGUCACCAGGACUGAGUGGUUUAAAUGCUGAGUCUCAACAACCUGGAGAUUACAAUGGAGACACAAUCAUUUUGAGAAACAUUUCCCCUCUUUCAACUGUUGAUGGGAUUUUGAACAUAUUGGCCCCCUAUGCCAACCUGUCAGGGGGCAACAUUCGCCUCAUCAAAGACAAGCAAACAGGACAGAAUAGAGGCUUUGCCUUUGUUCAGCUCUCAUCUCCCUUGGAGGCUUCUCAGCUGCUCACCAUUCUGCAGAGCCUUCAGCCACCUCUAAAACUGGAUGGAAAAACAAUUGGUGUGGAUUAUGCCAAGAGUGCUAGGAAAGAUUCAGCGCAGCCUGAUGGGAUCAGAGCAAAUGCUCUUUCUGUUGCCAGCACAGCCAUUGCUGCCGCUCAGUGGUCAUCCAGCCAGUUAAAACAAGGUUCAGGUACCACCUCUGACUACAUUGCUCUUCCAGAGGGCUAUGCACAGCAAACACAGGGACAGAGUUAUCAUGUGUGGCAGCAGCAGCCUAAAGCAUUGGCUCCUGCUGUUGGAGAUGGAUUACUUGGAGCUCCUCCAGGAAUAAAGACGUUGAUCCCUGCAGCCGCAGGUGUGGUCAUAUCUCCGACGGCUCAGGUUUACCAACCUGUUAUUAUCAGCCAGCCUUCCGUACAGUCACAUCAGUUAGUGAUGGCUGUUAAUGCAGCACAGCAAACUGCGAGUGAUUGCACUGCACAACUGCUAACACCAGCGGCUACCACUGUUGCAACUGUUGUCUGUGCUUUACCAACUGCUAACACAACAGCUGUCCCUCACACCUCAACAUACCAGUAUGAUGAGUCUUCAGGUUACUAUUACGAUCCACAGACCGGCCUGUACUAUGAUCCCAGCAGCCAAUACUACUAUAACUCGGAGACUCAGCAGUACCUCUUCUGGGACAAUGAGAAGGAGACGUACAUCCCUGCACCAGCUGAAUCAGACACAAGCACAGAACAGGUGUCAGCGAACAGCUCCUCAGCCCCAAACAGUGAGGAGCCCAAAGAGAAAAAAGAAAAGCCCAAAAGCAAGUCUGCACAGCAGAUCGCAAAGGACAUGGCGCGUUGGGCAAAAUCCUUAAAUAAGCAAAAAGAAAGUUUUAAGAACAGUUUCCUUGGACCAUCCAAGGAGGAAGAGAGGAGAGAGUCUGCAGCUGCCGACGCAGGUUACUUCCUCUUUGAGAAAAAGCAAAUAGGUGGUUUUGAGAUGCCAUCUUUAAUGACUGAACAAUUCAAGGUCACAGAGCAGGAGACUUCCCCUAAGAGUGGUUUGGUUGCUGCUUAUAAUGAAGACAGUGACCCAGAGGAGGGUGGCUCAGAUAGAGCAGCACAUGAGGAAGGGAAAAUAACCGACUGGAAUAGGAGGGUUUGUCUGCUGUGUCGACGGCAGUUCCCCACCAAGGAUGCUCUGCUGCGUCACCAGCAGCUGUCAGACCUUCACAAGCAAAACCUGGAAAUUCAAAGAAGAUCAAAACUCACAGAAGCUGAGCUGGAGGAGCUGGAGAGAAAAGAAACAGAGCUGAAAUACAGAGACAGAGCUGCUGAACGAAGGGAGAAGUAUGGCGUUCCUGAACCUCCAGCACCUAGAAAGAAAUUCUAUCAACCGCCAGCCCCAACAGUAAACUACGAACAGCCAACCAAAGAUGGCCUUACAAGUGAUAACAUCGGGAACAAAAUGUUGCAAGCGAUGGGCUGGCGGGAAGGCAAAGGUCUUGGGCGACACCAACAGGGCAUCACUGCACCCAUCUCGGCUUCAUUAAGGACCAAGGGCACGGGCUUGGGUAUUAAAGGAAGCUCAUACGAACUCUCGGCAUCUGACACCUACAAGGAUGCUGUUCGUAAGGCCAUGUUUGCGCGCUUCAGUGAGAUGGAGUGAACUAGAGAGAAAAGUAAUCAUACUGAACCAGGAAAGACUAAUUUUGUAGCCAAGUGAAAAUAAUCCUACUGUAAAAAUUUCCCUGCUGCAUCACCCCCUUAACUCAAACUGUAAUUUCUAUCUUCUCUAUGUAUAUAAAAGGAAGCUUUGUUUUAUAUAGCUAGAUAUUUUGUCAUCCAAAAUAUCAGUUAAAUGAACAUUUAAAUUGUAACGUGUACAAUAAAAAUGAUGUGGACCUGC